AUGGAGAGGAGCCUGGUGCUGCAAAGUGAUGUUCCCCUUCAGGUGAACCGCAAACACUACCUGUCUCUGUGGAACAACGACGAUCCAGAGGGAAACAUCUGGACCUCAGGGUGCCCUCCAUCAGAGACAGUGCUGGACGGAAGAUCUUUAGAAAUCUGCCUGAACCCUCGCAACCCACCUUCAGUUAUCACUGUGGUCUCACCAAAAAGUGUUUUGCCUCAGUGGGGCCUGCCCGAGGUUUCCUACCAGUUUACCACUAGGUCUGAGGUGGACAAACUAACCAACAAUUCCACAUGUGAUGUAAUUGGUUUGGUAACAUUUGUCAGCCGUGUUGAAAGAGUCAAGUGUAAAGGGAACAAGGGUCCAGAAAAAUACUGGACGUAUCGCUGGAUCCAUGCAGUGGAUGGUACAUCUGACCAACCCUUUAUCCUGGAGCUUUUUUCCUCUUCGCAAGUAGAAGUCUUCAGCCGCAUUUGUCCGAUGACAUACCUGGUUUGCACUCAGAUGAGGGUUUGUCGGGUGGAAGGCUCAUUGCCGUACCUCACAAGCACAUGUGAGACUGAGACAUUAAUAACAGGAUAUCAUAAAGGUCAGCCGUAUGUGAAUGACCCCGGAGUGAAGAGCUUCAUCCAGUGGACCAAGACUCUGAAGGACAACGUUGUCCUACAAAAGACUGCUGUUGGUGGCCAUUAUUGCUACCCUCAUCCCCCCCAGAUAUGUAACCAGUCAAUGGCCGAUGCCUCAGCUCAAGUUCCACUGGUUUCUACGGCUGACUUGAAGAAGGAAUUGGAGACGCUGCAAUAUAGAGAACAUAAGAAACUUGCAAUUCAAGGACAGAUCACAGCAGUGCGGUACAUGAAAAACCCAAAGACCACUCAGUCACAGCCAUCAGGAGUGGUCUCCACUGAUGUGUGUGAACAGGCUGUACCCGCCCCACACAAUCACCCAUCAGCGGCUGAGCAGGCUUCAGCGGACACUUUAACAUCUUCCACUUCUGACAAAAGCUCAGCAAGCAGCAGGAAAAGAAGAAUUCAAAUGCGCAAAGCCGCGCAGUCCUCCCUGAACCGUGGCGGCACUCCAACUAAAAGAAGACUUAGACAUACAAACACUCAGGAAGAACAAGAGCAGGAGGAAGAUGAGAGCGAUUCUGCAGUUGAAGAAAUGCAACAUGUGGACCACAGCUUACAAUCACAGAAUCAAAAUCAAGACUCCAGCGUUUUAGCUUGGGAGAGCAGCAGCUGGCCGAAGCAACAAGAAGACGUGUCUGAACAUUUGUGUCAAGGUGGUCUGUACCAGGACAGCAUCUAUCGAAGGUUCACGUUUGAUGAGAAGAACGUUCUGCUGCAGUGGAGUAACCUGCAGCCAACACGGUGGACAGCAGAGCAAACUGCUGACUCCAUCCCACCUGCACUUUGUCCAGGGUACUACCAAGUAACAAUACUAGGCAUUAACAAGAAGAUUGCCUUUGAUGCUGCGUAUCUUCCUGUAGUGAGGUCCGAUGAUCCCCGUGCUGUAGGCCUUCCUCAGGAUCCCCACGGCAACACGAUGCUCUCCUGCCUCUCCUCGGGUUUCCUCUGCCCUCUGAGAGACGCAGCCAGUCACAGCGAAGCACCUCUUCCAGAGCCGGAGGAGAUCUUGGUGACUGCCAGUGAGCUGGAGGACACGCAUGUUGUGUGCGUCUUGGAUCUUUGUCAUCUGGGCGGAGAUGAGGUGGAAAUACUGAUCAGCAAGGUGUACAGAGUGACGGAGGUGUCUCUUGACUAAAAGCUACAUUAGAGCUAAAGAGUAUAUUGCAGCUGUUAGCAUUAAAGGUGGAGUACGCAAUUGUGUCGACAGAUUUUUUUUUAAAAUUUAGAUAAUUACCAUAUUUAGACUAAUGCAUCUCUUCCUCUCUCUCCCACUUCCCCAGUUCCCUACUAUGCAUGAGCAAGAAUAUGUACAAGACAUGUUGUGUAAAUCUGUUUCCCGUUAGUGCCACACAGUCAGACACAGUGCUGUGUAGAAUGGUCCGACUGCACCUCAUUAUCAUUCUGCCACAGAGGAGAAGAAAUUGUGUUUGUAAUUCUUUUAACCAACAGCUGGCGCUGUUGUAGGCAGGGUGGAUAGCACAAAAAAAAAGAUUCACUGUAAAAAUAACAAGCAGAGCUGAAUGACUGCAUGAUCAGAAUCCAUAGCAAAAUGUGACUUUUUCAGCAUGUAGGGAGGUAGACGGAGGCCGUUGUUGUUUUAGAACGGACAGCUAUUGAGUAUUCACUGAAUUUGACACAAAGUGUGUUGGGUUAAAAUCACAUAUUCCUUCUUUAAUCAGGUAAUUGAACAGAUCUUGUUUGUUUUGGAUAGUCAGCAAAAGAACCCUAAUGUACUCGCUCAGACUAAACCUUUGUGAUACUUGUAAAUUCUCUGACGAGCUGUUUAUUACGUACCCUAAAUGUCAUAAAAUUUGUAAGGAGUAUAUUUUUUAUGAUUAAAUUUCUGAAAUACAUAAAACCGCACUUUUUAUUGUCAACCAGCUUGGCUACAGAUAGAGCAUCUGUUGCACAUGCACACUACAAUUUGUAAGUUGUAUUAUUUCUGUGCUCAUGUCAAACCUUUUUCCCCUUGUCCAGUGGCCUGUUGGAUCUUUCUCACACAAAAAAACCCGAAAAUUUUUGCCCUAAAAGAGGCCGAUAAACACUACUGUUGGUGAAAAGCUUGCCCAGAAUAACCAUCCAUAUGUUUAAAAAUAUUUAUUUUCAAAUAUUUCACAAUAUCCAGGUUGAUUUAUAAAUAAUUCAAUAUAUCAGAAUUACUAUCAAGAUAUUUUAGAAUGUAAACUUAAUUUGUUAAUUUCUUUGAAAACAAUGUUAACAAUAUUUUAAAGCUUAUUUUGAUGGUAAAUACAGAAAGAAAACAAGCCAUACAAGUGACUGUGCAACACCAACUUGAACGCCAAAAAAGCCUCACCUCCUCUAAUAAGACACUUCAUUAUCUGUUACAAAAUUACUUUAAUUUUAAAAUCAUGUAACAUACAUAUAUAAUCUAUUAGACAUAUAAAAUAAACAACUAUGUAGCCUAAACUUCUUUUUUUUUUGUACAUUCUAUUAUACAAUAUAUUCAAUGUUUGUUUCUGCACUGAAACUGCAGAAAUGGCUGUAUACCAGGUUUGUUUUGUUCAUGUCCUGGCAAAUCUUACACAGAAAGCAUUGAUCUGACUGAACACCCUCACUCUUAGGGUGCCAGUCAUUAUUUUACAAAUCAGAAAAAAAACAAAAAAAACAAAUGUGAUUAAAUUCACAUACCUUCAAAAAACAGUGACACUCAAAAAUGAAAAAAAAACAUAAAGAAGAAAAGCAUUCUGAAGGUUGAAUGAAAAAAAAGAAAGAAUGUGCGGACUGUCGGUGGAGAGCGUUUAACUCAACUACAAAGAGAAACAGUACCGACCGAUGGAUUAUUUACAACAGUGAGGGGGAAAAAAAACACGAAAAAUCAUCUCACAUCCGAAGCAAAAUAAUUUAGGUGGAGCACAGUGGAAUUUAAUGAGCAGAAUUUCCCUCAACUACCUUUGCAAGGCAAAACAACAUGACAGUUAUUUUUGUAUACAGACAUGGACACAAAACGUCUCUGAAUGAUGCGUGAAGAUGGAAAAUAAAGUCGAUGAGGAAUUUCA